AUGCGCUCCAUUGAUAUAAAUACCUCCCCGGAUUGCAAGUUCCCAGGAUAUUACAAGUCAGACCCAGUGCGAUAUCUGAUGAUGAAGUCUUACUUUGAAUGUAGAGGCAAAAGUCUCUUGAUAUGGAUCACGGUUUGCUGUACCUCAGCAAUGGCCCUAUUUGGGUACGACCAAGCCGUUUUUAGUGGCAUCAUUGUUACAAAAGAAUUCUUGGAUACCAUGGGCAACCCAGACGCGGGCAUGCAAGGAACCAUCACUUCGCUAUAUACGGUGGGAUGCUUUUUCGGCGCAGUAUCGGGCUCCGCAUUUGGGUCAAUACUCGGCCGCAAACGCGCCAUCAUUCUCGGAACAGCGGUCAUGAUGGCAGGAGCAAUUCUGCAAAUCACGGCGUUCAGUGUACCACAUAUGAUCGUCGGGCGCCUAGUGACGGGUCUCGGGAACGGCCUGAAUACUGCUACAACCCCAGUGUACCAGAGCGAGACAACGGAGCCCAAGUGGCGAGGGAAACUGGUCGUCCUCGGCCUCGUGGUCAACGUUGCUGGGUUCAGCCUGGCCAACUGGGUGACCUUUGGGCUCUCCUACGUGGAGGGUAGUGUCAACUGGCGAUUUCCACUUGCACUGAAGCUGGUAUUCGGCAUCAUUAUUUUGUCGACCGCGCCCUGGCUUCCCGAGUCACCUCGCUGGCUGAUCUCCAAGGGCCGCGUGGACGAAGCCGAUUUCGUGCUGGCUCGUAUCCAGGGAGAGGAUACCACGCCCAUAUCACCCACUGUCAUUGCGGAGCGCAAUGAAAUCCUACGAGCAUACAGGGCUGAAACUGAAAACAAGGUCUCCUGGGGUAUGCUCCUGCGUGGCCAGGCCAAGGGCCCAGGCACUCUCCGACGCUUCCUUCUCGGUCUGGGCACGCAGAUCAUCGUUCAACUAUCCGGCGUCAACGCCACCUCUUACUAUCUGCCAACUGUGCUCAGCCAGUCCGUGGGGCUUGGGGAAAAGCUAUCUCGCCUCCUAACCGCCGUUAACUCCGUUCACUACAUAUUCUUCUCCUACCUCGGCAUGAUGCUCAUCGACAAAUGGGGCCGCCGAGGCGCAAUGCUAAUCGGGUCCUCCGGAUGUUCCGUCUGCUACUUCCUCCUCAUGCUUCUGAUCCGAUUCAACCAGUACACAGACGACAGCGCCUCAUCGUACAGAUUCGGCGCCACAUCCGUCACCAUGAUCUUCCUCUACUACGUCUUCUUCGGCCUCGGCUGGCAGGGCACAGCCUGGCUCUACAACACGGAGAUCAACUCGCUGCACAUGCGCAUGACAGGCGCGUCCGCAAGCGUGGCCGCACAGUGGGCGAUCAACUACAUGGUCGUGCAGAUUACGCCGAUCGGGAUCCAGAAUCUGCGGUGGCGGUUUUACCUCAUCUGGGUGUUCUUCAAUGUAUUCUCGAUUCCGACGAUCUAUCUCCUCUACCCUGAGACGGCGAAUAGGAGGCUUGAGGAUAUCGAUACGGUCUUCAAGGAGGGAUUGCGGUUCUGGGUUUUCCGCGAUAAGGAAGCGACGCAGCCGAAGAGACCUGCUCGUUUUGUUGCGAUGGAGCAGCAGGGGCUUGAGGAUGCGCGGGUAGAGGUUAAGAAUGACAUGGCGGGUGGAGUGGAGCAGAUCGAGAUACAUCGGAUCUGA